GCCGCUUACUUAAGAAUAUUUAAAUUCCAAAUUAUUUUCAAGGUAAGCAUUUAUCAGUCAUUUUUCGCCGGUGAAGUAGGUUAUAAGUGCAAAAAGAAAAUGGUGUUGAAUAAAAUUAAAAUAUCACCAAAGAAACUAAAAUACAUUCUGAUAGCAGCCGUAUUGGUAGUAAUAAUUGUAGUAGCAGUAACUUUGGUGUUCGUCUUUAGAGCAAAAGAAGACGAAGUAACAAAGUUUAGGGGAGCUGUAGUGACAAAUGGAAUAGAAUGUUCACAAAUAGCAGUAAAUAUCAUGCAGAAAGGCGGAACAGUAGCAGACGGCGCUCUAGCAGCAUUAUUUUGCGAGGGUAUCACGAUGCCCUCAGCGAUGGGCUUAGGAGGUGGAUUUUUGUUGACGCUGUACAAUAGAACUACUCGACAAGCGGUUUCUUUAAAUUCUAGAGAAGUUGCUCCCAAAGCUGCUACGCAAAAUAUGUUUGGAGCAGAUGCGAAUUUAUCCCUAAGAGGGGGAUUAUCAGUUGCAGUUUUCGGAGAGCUUAGAGGAUAUUGGGAGCUUUACAAACAUUACGGUGGUGGCGUAUCAUGGAAGGAAAUAAUCCAGCCUUCCAUUGAUAUGUGUAAAAAUGGUAUCACGGUUACUAACUUUGUAGCUAGAGCGUUACAGAAAUACAAGGUCACCGUUCUGGCCAACCAACUUUUGAGUGAAUCGUUUACUAAUCCAGUAACCAAUGACGUUCUUGUGGAGGGGGAUACAUUUUUUCUACCAAGGUUGGUAAAAACGUUAGAGAUCAUCGCAGAAGAAGGUGGUGAUACCCUUAAUAAUGGGUCACUUACAUCUGGGCUGGUUGAAGACAUCAAGAACCAUCAAGGAAUAAUAACAAUCGAAGAUAUGAAUGAUUAUAAACCACAAUGGCAAACACCAAUAAAUACCACCCUUUCUGGCGGACACACUGUCUACACCCAGCCAUUACCAGGUUCAGGAUCAGUACUGACGUUGAUUCUGAAUAUACUGGAUACUUUUUUGGAUUUAAACCAUCCAGAAAUAAUCGAAAACUAUCAAAAGAUUAUAGAAAGCUUCAAGUUUGCUUAUGCUAAAAGAUCGCUGUUGGGAGAUUCUGAUUUUGUCGAUGUUGCUAAGCUAGUCUCCGACUUAAGUUCAAAAGAUUAUGCAAAAAGUUUACGGAAGCUUAUUAGUUUGAAUUCUACGCAAACAGACGCUUCUUACUAUGGAGCUAACACUACUUUACCAGAAGAUCAUGGUACCGCCCAUUUAUGCAUCUUAUCACCAAAUGGAGAUGCCAUAUCUGUCACGAGUACCAUAAAUUAUGUUUUUGGCGCAGGCUUCGUCUCAGAAAGUACAGGAAUCAUCUUAAAUGAUGAAAUGGAUGAUUUUUCUUCAGACAGCAUCGUCAAUGUUUACGAUCUACCUCCGUCUCCUACUAACUAUAUAAAGCCAGGAAAGCGUCCUAUGUCUUCCACAUCUCCGACGAUAAUUGUAAACGAACAUGGUGACGUGGAAAUGAUGACAGGGGCAGCCGGAGGAUCUAAGAUUAUCAGUAGUAUUGCGCAGCUUAUAAUAAGAUAUAUAUGGUAUGGCUCAGAUUUAAAAGAAACUAUGGAUGCAAAGAGAAUUCAUCACCAGCUAUGGCCAAUGAGAGUGGAUCUUGAGCCCGAAUUUGAAACUGAGGACACAUACGUGGCCGAGGGCUUGAGAAAAAUAGGGCACAAUGUGACUUUUGUUGUUGGAACGGGAUUUUCUGCGGCUACAUCUAUAGGUAACCGGGAUGGAAAAUCUGUGGUUGGCGCUUAUGACAGAAGGCGAUCCGGAUCUGUGUCGUAUUUAUGAUAUUCUUAGUCCAACAAAAAGCGCAUUAAAUACAGUGAGCAUCAUAAGUCAUACCCCCCCUAACUAACUCGUUACUGGAGUCUUGUUAUGAAAAUCGCCGAGACAGUUUGAUUUUUGUUUUCUACAAUGUACAUUUUUGUAUGAUUAGUUUACCCUUAAUUUUAUCCCUUAUUGGAGGGGAACAACCCUUUCGAAAAAUUUAAAUGGCAUGGGGUGGUGAGUGAUAGCUCAUUUAAAAGGGGGUUUUAUUCUCUAUUUAACCGUGCAAAAAAAUUUUAAAUUUACUUCAUUACGUGUUGAUUUAUAAAUGUUUAAAAAUAACAAAACCUCACAAAAUAGGAAAGUAACUAAACUAAUAGUGACCUUCUAAUGGCAAAAAGUCUUACUUCACGUCUGAACCGAAAUCAUGCAGGGCCAAUUUUAAUUCUAAGGAUGAGUGCGCUACGUUAAUUUCCGUUAUUCUGAAACAACAGUUAGUCGAGAAUUAAUGAAGCAAAUUUUAAAUGUUUGUACAUGGUUGAAUAGAGAAUAAAACCCUCUUUCAAAUGAGCUAUCACUCACCACCCCAUGCCAUUUAAAUUUUUCGAAAGGGUUGCUCCCCUUUAGUAAGGGAUGAAAUUAAGGGUAAACUAUUCAUACAAAAAUGUACAUUGUAAAAAUCAAAAAUCGACGUGUCUCGGCGAUUUUCCUAACAAGACUCCAGUAACGAGUUAGAUAGGGGGGUAAGACUUAUGGUGCUCACUGUAUAUGAAAUAUAUUUUUUUAAAUAUCCGUUUUUGAGAUAAAACCUGUACAAAAUAUUCUUGGUUUUUGUCCAAGUCUGCAAUUGAACCAGACUGUAAUUAAUGCUCAAUUAUAUAAGCUUAAACUCAGUGAUAAUCAACAGUGACUAUGUUGUAAAUAACUGCUUGUAUUAUUAGUAUUACUGAACAAUAAAACUCAGGUUUCCUUUUAA